AUGCGAACUUUUGCUUCCCUGGCUGCGGCCAGCCUUGCGCUUGCCGGCCUUGCCUCUGCAAGCGACGUUCACGAUCUGAAGGCCGAUACCUUCAAAGAGUUCGUCUCUGAACACGAUCUAGUCCUCGCAGAGUUCUUCGCACCUUGGUGCGGUCACUGCAAGGCUCUCGCCCCAGAAUACGAGGAGGCUGCUACCACGCUCAAGGAGAAGAACAUUCCUUUGGUCAAGGUCGACUGCACAGCCGAGGGAGAUCUAUGCAAAGAAUAUGGCGUAGAGGGUUAUCCUACCGUCAAGGUCUUCCGUGGACUCGACAACAUCAAACCAUAUCCCGGCGCACGAAAAGCACCUGCGAUUAUCUCAUACCUCACCAAGCAGCAACUACCUGCUGUUUCUCUCCUCACAUCCGAUACCCUAGAAGAGUUCAAGACCACCGACAAAGUCGUAGUUGUUGCCUACAUCUCUGCCGACGACAAAGCCUCGAAUCAGUCCUACACCGCCCUCUCAGAAUCUCUGAGAGACGAAUACAUCUUCGGAGCAAUCAACGAUGCUGCGGUCGCAAAAGCUGAGGGUGUUAAACAGCCCGCCAUCGUUCUCUACAAGGACUUUGAUGAAGGCAAGGCUACUUUCGACGAGAAGUUUGACGAGGAGGCUAUUACCAAGUUCAUCAAGACUGCCUCGACUCCUCUAGUGGGCGAGGUUGGUCCAGAGACUUACGCAAGCUACAUGGGCGCCGGUAUCCCCCUCGCAUACAUCUUCGCCGAAACUCCUGAAGAGCGUAACUCGCUGGCCGAGACCUUGAGACCAGUGGCCGAGAAGUACAAGGGUCAAAUGAACUUUGCAACCAUUGACGCAAAGGCUUUUGGCGCUCACGCUGGCAACUUGAACCUGCCAACCGACAAAUUCCCUGCCUUCGCCAUUCAAGAGACCGUCAAGAACGAGAAAUAUCCAUUCGAAGGCACCUCGCUUACUGAGAAGAAGAUCGGUGCUUUCGUCAAGGACUUUGUGGGUGGCAAGCUUUCACCCAGCAUCAAGUCUGAGCCUAUCCCAGAGAAGCAAGAAGGACCAGUCACAGUUGUGGUUGCUCAUUCUUACAAGGAUAUUGUUUUGGACGAUUCCAAGGAUGUCCUGGUUGAGUUCUACGCACCAUGGUGUGGUCACUGCAAGGCUCUUGCUCCUACUUACGAGAAGUUGGCCGAACUCUACACUUCUCCCGAGUUCUCCUCCAAGGUCACUGUGGCUAAGAUCGACGCCACUCAAAACGACGUUCCAGACGAGAUUGCUGGAUUCCCCACCAUCAAGCUCUUUCCUGCCGGUGCCAAAGACUCGCCAAUCGACUAUUCCGGUUCAAGAACGCUUGAGGACAUUGCUGCUUUCAUUCGUGACAACGGCAAGCACGGUGUGGACGGCUUGAGCGCGGAGAAGGAUGACGAUGUUGAGAUGGAGGAUGUCUCAUCCGCUGCCAGCGACACUCUGGUUAAGGCCGCGCCUGCCGCAACUACCGCCACGGAUUCGGCCAAGAGCGGUAUCAAGGAAGCCGUCAAGAGUGUCAUCAGCGAGGCUGCUGAUGCUGCUGCGACGGUCCUUGCGGACACGGACACCGGUGGUCCCCAGGAACACGACGAAUUGUAA